CUUGCCAUCAACACGUGACGUGCCCUCCUUGCAUGUAAUGAUAUUGUGAGUUGAAGUUGAUCAUCUCUGCCACUACCACUGCCCACUUUUUUAUUUAUUUCAAACUCAUCAACUCCUCUCUCUCGAUUUUAUCUAUUCCCAUCUGAAUUUGAUCGACCACAUUUCGGACCAUCAUCAGUUACCCAAAAACAAAAAAAGCAAAGCUGUUGUGUGUUUAAUUAGGGUUAGUUAACGCUUUUUGCGAACCGAACCGAUGGAUUUGUUUAACUCGGUGUUGAAUUGGGUGGUGCCACCGGCAAGUUUAGUGAUGCUGGCGUUUGCUUGGCCAGCGUUGACCUUCGUCACUGGUUGUGAGUGGCUUUACAAUUUGUUCAACAGUGAAAUUGUCGAAGAUAAGGUUGUUAUAAUUACAGGAGCUUCUUCUGGCAUAGGAGAGCAAAUUGCAUAUGAAUAUGCGAAGAGAAGAGCAAAUCUUGUACUAGUGGCACGAAGACAGAACAGACUGCGAGUGAUCAGUGAGAAUGCAAGGCGUAUGGGUGCAAAGCAUGUCAUGAAUAUAGCCGCCGACGUUGUCAAGGAAGAGGAAUGUAGGCGUUUCAUCAGUGAAACGAUAAGCUUCUAUGGCCGAGUGGAUCACCUUGUAAAUACAGUAAGUCUAGGACAUACAUUCUACUUCGAGGAAGUUACAGACACGUCUGUCUUUCCCCAAUUGUUGGAUAUAAAUUUCUGGGGGAAUGUUUAUCCAACAUAUGUUGCUCUUCCUUACCUACGUCAAACUAAUGGAAGGAUCAUUGUCAAUGCAUCAGUUGAGAGCUGGUUACCUCUGCCGAGAAUGAGUUUAUAUGCUGCGGCAAAGGCAGCUCUGGUUAACUUUUAUGAGACCUUGAGAUUAGAAGUAAACCAUGAGGUAGGGAUAACAAUUGCAACUCACGGGUGGAUUGGAAGUGAAAUGACAGGAGGCAAGUUCAUGCUAGAGGAGGGGGCUGAAAUGCAGUGGAAAGAAGAAAGGGAGGUACAUGUGACCGGUGGGUCUGUGGAGGAUUUUGCAAGGUUGAUUGUAGCUGGGGCUUGUCGAGGAGAUUCAUACGUUAAGUAUCCAAGUUGGUAUGACAUAUUCCUGCUGUACAGGGUGUUUGCGCCUAAGGUCCUGAAUUGGACAUUCCGCCUCAUUCUUCCAACGCAAGGUGGAAGGAGGACUUCCCUUGUGGGCACCGGAAGGCCUAUUUCUGAAGGCUAUGGGAGGCCUAUUUCUGAAGGCUAUGGGAGGCCUAUUUCAGAAGGCUAUGGAAGGCCUUUGUUGGAAGGCACUCCUCCAAGGAGACUUAUUGGUCCCAACACAGUUUCCCAACAGAGUCCCCCGCGUCAGAUAAAAAUGGAAUGAAAUAUUUAGCAUUUCUGUGGAAGUAGCUAUUUUAGUAACAUGUUCUAAGAAGUUAUGGUUGUUGAACUUGUGUUUUUUAUCUCCGUCACGGAGAUUUUGAACUGUUAAACAAAGUUAUUGCAUUCAAUAUGUGUUGUUCAUGUAAUAAGCUCCCUUCAGUAUUAAUAAAUUUCGUAGCAGACCCCCUGUGAACAUGUGACCUAAAGACAUUCUGGACAA